UUCGGCCGAAAAAUCGUUGCAUCCCUAGCAGAUACUGUAUGUUUUUAUGUCCAUUUGGAAGCUGAACUUCAAAAAAUUGUGGUCUUUUGUUUUUUUUGCAGUGCAGUCCAGCUUUUCUACACAGUCAGAAACAUUUUUCACCUAUUCUAUGAUGUUGUGCCUACAUAUCACAAGGACAACUUCCUGAAGUUGCCUCACUUGGCUGCAAUCCAACACAAUAACUGCAUGUUCAUCGCUCACCACCUUUUAACCUUGGGUUUCCAGUUUAAACCUCACCUUCCUUUGAAAGAUGGCGUGGCUUAUUUUGUUGACUUGGUCCCAGGCUUCAGAAGACUAGGUGCUCGGUGCUUUGUUGCACAAAUGAACGUUCAAAAAGCUGAGAUGUUGGAGAGACUGUCCACUGCACGUAACUUCUCCAACUUGGAUGAUGAAGACAAUUACUCUGUAGCCAGCAAGGCUAUCAGACAAGUAAUUCAUCAGCUGAGGAGGUUGGGAAAAGUUUGGCAAGAUGUCUUGCCUGUGAACAUAUACUGCAAAGCCAUUGGGACUCUCCUCAAUACUGCAAUAUCAGAGCUGAUUAACAAAAUUAUGAUGCUGGAGGACAUCUCUAACGUGGAUGGUGAGCGACUGCGAACACUAUGUCAAACCAUCAUAGAGGAAGGGCCGCUGGUCUUCAAUCCAUUGCCGGAUGAAAACAAGAACAAAAAAUAUCAAGAAGAGGUUCCAGUCUAUGUUAAGAAAUGGAUGACCUUAAAAGAGAUCUCCAUGGUGCUAAAUGCUAAUCUACAGGAGAUCGUGGACAGGUGGGCAGAGGGGAAAGGACCUUUGGCAGUGGAGUUCUCCUGUAAUGAGAUGAAGAGCUUUAUUCGAGCCCUGUUCAAGAACACAGAAAGACGAGCAGCAGCCCUCGCUAAAAUUGUCAAAUAAACAGCCAAAAGACCAAUGCAAAAUAACACUACUUGGGGCUUUUCCUUACAUAUAUUGUAUUCUAUAUUUUUCUAUUUUGCUGAAAGAUGCAUUACAAUAAAUGCUUUUCUAAGCACAUGCCUGCUCUCUUAUCAGUAUGCCCUGUUAUCAGUAUAUGAAUACUUGAAAAAUACCUCAAUAAAAUGCAGCAAUUGCAUAUAGUCUU